AGUUAGUCAAAGCCUUUAAAUUGUAUUAUUGGUUGUGUUAUCCGAGUUCCCAACGAAAAGUGUAAUACAAGUACUGCAAAGAAUACGACAAAAACCACUGAAUAAUGAAUUUCUAUCCUUUGCUUCUAUUGUUUCGGUUAAUGUUUUUUGGAGACAACUUUGUUUGGAGUCAGGUGCAGACACAGGUUUGGCUGACCAUCAAUCCGUUAGCUGACAAGACUUCUCAGAGACUAAUUGAGAUUAAUUGGAGGAAUGCCCCCAAAUCUAAUCUUAACGAUUGGGUUGGAAUAUUCACAUCUGAUCCCAUUGAUAGCACCGGUGCUAUUAGAGUAGUUGAUGUGAACUCCAGAUUAAAUGGAUAUAAUGUGACAGACAUUCAAUUCCCAUACCGAAACUUUGCGACGGGUAAACUGACUCAACAAUGUCUGGGCUAUUAUGUGGCAUAUAUUCACAACGGUAUUGUAUUUGCAAAGAAUUGCAUGAAAAACAAUCCGUUUUGGAUGGAAAACAAUCUGUCAAUAAUUGGUGACAAGAAACUGCCGUCACUGGUCAUACCGGGCACUCAUGACUCCGGCAGUUAUGAGAAAUGGGGGCCAAAAUCUGUCGGC